AGCGUGGAGGGGACAGGGCUUGGGGCCGAGCCGAGGCCGGGGCAGGCAGGGGCGGUAAACAGGAACGCGAGGCCCGAGCGGCGGGCGCGGAGCUGUGCGGAGCCAGCACAGAAAGACAUCAGUCAUGGCGGGCGAUGCCAUCAUGGUCAUGAGAGGCUUGACAAAGCUGAGCAAAGCAAUCAUAGAAACCCAAGCAGGUCAGCUUCGGCAGGUGCUACUUGGAGGGGAUGCAGUUACCAUUGCAAGGACUCUCCAGGCCACUGCUGAAGAGAAGUUCAGUUCUGCCUUGGGCAAAGUGCAGGAACUAGGCAAGCAGCAGGAGAACUUAACUGAUCUCAAUGAAGACUUUGGGAAAGACUAUGACUUCUCAGCCCAAGAGCGACCCGAUGCUCCAAUGGACUUCUCCACUCCCCCUGGCAAGCUCCACCAACACAGCAGCGAAGGCCCUGCGUACUCUUACACUACAAAUGGACCUUUUAGAAGUGCUGGUGAGACUGGAGAUUCUGACAUGAGUCCGAAGUCUUCCCCUCCCAAAAUGGAUGCAAGGUUAUUUGGAGGCUUUAGGGACCCUGGAAAUCCUUUUGCUGCUACUUUUGGACAAAACAGGGCUUUUCACCAAGACCAUUCCUCUGUUAGCGGAUUAACAGCUGAAGAUAUUGAGAAAGCCAGACAGGCCAAACCAGGUUCAGGACAGAAACCUUACAAACAGAUGCUCAGUGAGCGGGCCCGGGAAAGGAAGGUUCCUGUCACGCGGAUCGGACGGCUCGCCAACUUUGGAGGACUAGCUGUUGGUCUUGGCAUUGGAGCAUUGGCAGAAGUUGCAAAGAAGAGCCUCAGACCUGAGGAACGCACUGGAAAGAAAGCAGUGAUGGACUCCAGCCCGUUCCUGUCAGAGGCCAACGCAGAACGAAUCGUGAGAACCUUGUGCAAGGUCCGGGGAGCAGCACUGAAGCUAGGACAGAUGUUAAGCAUUCAAGAUGAUGCCUUCAUCAACCCCCACCUCCAGAGGAUUUUCGAGCGCGUACGUCAGAGUGCUGACUUCAUGCCCAUAAAGCAGAUGAUGAAAACCCUGAACAAUGAUCUUGGCCCCAGCUGGAGGGACAAACUGGAGUCCUUUGAAGAACGCCCCUUUGCUGCUGCUUCGAUUGGUCAGGUUCACCUGGCACGCUUGAAAAAUGGGAAAGAAGUUGCCAUGAAAAUCCAGUACCCUGGAGUUGCCCAGAGCAUCAACAGUGAUGUUAACAACCUGAUGGCUGUCCUGAGUAUGAGCAACAUUCUCCCUGAAGGUCUGUUCCCUGAACAUCUGAUUGAAGUCGUGAGCAGAGAGCUGGCCCUGGAGUGUGACUACCAUAGAGAAGCUGCCUGUGCAAGGAAAUUCCAGGAGCUGCUGAAGGAUCAUCCUUUCUUCUACGUCCCCAGAGUGAUAGAUGAGCUGUGCAGCAAACACGUCCUGACCACAGAGCUGGUGUCUGGCUUCCCCUUGGAUCAGGCUGUAGGGCUGAGCCAGGAGAUCCGCAAUGAGAUAUGUCACAACAUCCUGGUCCUGUGUCUGCGGGAGCUGUUUGAAUUCAGGUACAUGCAGACUGAUCCAAACUGGUCAAACUUCUUCUACGACCCACAGCUGCACAAGGUGGCCCUGCUGGACUUUGGAGCAACACGAGGGUUUGACGAGAAGUUCACAGAUGUCUACAUAGAGGUAAUCAAGGCAGCUGCUGACAUGGACAGAGAGAGAGUUCUGAAGAAGUCCAUUGAAAUGAAAUUCCUCACUGGCUAUGAAGUCAAGGAAAUGGAAGAUGCCCACUUAAAUGCUGUCCUCAUCCUGGGAGAGGCUUUUGCAUCCGAGGAACCUUUUGAUUUUGGCAACCAAAGCACCACUGAAAAGAUCCACGGUUUAAUCCCAGUCAUGCUGAAGCAUCGGCUGAUCCCUCCGCCAGAGGAGACCUACUCUCUUCAUCGGAAGAUGGGGGGGUCCUUCCUCAUCUGCACCAAACUGAAGGCCAAAAUUCCCUGCAAAAACAUGUUCCAAGAGGCAUACAGCAAAUACUGGAGCAGCAGAGGCAAGAAGCCAGAGGAGUAGUGAGGAUGAACUAAGAUGUCUUGUUCUGAGGGCACAGUUCCCUGAGCCUUGCAGAGAGCGUUGUAGCCUCCCAUGCCUUGCACCCCAGUUCUCCAUCCUCUUGAGAUGCAGCAGCUGUGCCCUGGAAGCCAAGGUUGUGUUUCAUGAGGACAAAGCUGUUCUGUCGUGCUCUGUGUGUCCUACACUGACUACCAGUGCAGCCUGCAGCUUGCAGGAAGCUGUCUUCUCGAGUGCUUCUCUACUGUGUCAAGGCAGCAGCUGACUACCUUGAGUGCAUUUGUAACGUUGUGAUGGUGGCUGCAGAUUCACUGGGGAGGGGAAAGGAGCAGAAGAGUAGCACUGAAUAGGGAAACCUGUUUAAAAUACUCCAAGAAGUCAGGUUUGUUGUUUUGGGUUUUUUUAAAGCCUUCCCUCUUUCAUGCCGUGGUGGAGUUCAAGUAGUUUUCAUGCUGUGAAUGGAAUACAAAGGUGUACCCCUACCACAGACACGUUCAGCACCUUCCCCCCUCCGUUUUGGUGGCAGUUUGAAGCCCCCUCCUGGAUUUCACUGACACUGAUAUAGUGCCAGGGGAGGGGGUGUGUGUACCUAGGAUGAAGCCUUUAUGCUUUCUGCCUCUCUUUGGCUUGCAUAGGAAGUAUUUUACAAAUCUGAGCACGCAGUGCCAGUCUCUUCAACACACCUGUACACCUGACAUAACCGUUCUCGGGUCUGGGAGUCAGAUGUCAUCCAGGGAGCUGUAUCUGAGCACACAGAGUGGGAUUCGUCACUGUCUGGCAGGUAUCACGUUUCCUGAAGGCCAGCUACAUGAGCUCCAACUCCUGAUACCAUCUGCUUGCUGGACUCCAAGAGCCUAGUCUGUCUGUCUGUCUAUCUCUUUGCUUUCCUCUAAUACAGAACUUAAGGCAAGGCAGACCUGUAAUGUCUCUCGGGGGCAUUUCAAGCUUUUGCUGAAGUGUCACACACUUACAAGCAGCCACACAGGGUUAGUUUGUUGGAGACAAGCCAGGAAACUGACUUUCUGUAGUUUUGUACCAAGCCUGUACCUGUAUGAUUCCUGAUUUCAAUAAAAAAAGUGCUUGUGCA